AUUUGUGUUGUGUGUAGCAGCAGCAAUGGCAUACUUGAAGCCAGUGAGAGGCCAGGCCCCACUCUCCUUCCCAAACUACACGCACCAGGAAGAUGUCAAGACUCUGGCUCUCAGUCAAAAUAAUUUUACCAGGGACUUGUAUGUGCUUUUGGCCCAAAAGAAUUCAGGAAACUUGUUCAUCUCUCCAUUUAGCAUUAUGACAGCUUUAAGUAUGACAUAUGGCGGAGCAAAAGAAAACACAGAAGAAGAAAUGCGAUCAGCACUGCACUUGACCCAGGAGAAAGAGGCUGUUCAUAAUGCUUUCCAAGAUGUGGUAUCAGAUAUCAAGAGUGAAGCUCCUGACUAUGAGUUGCGGACAUCAAAUAUGGCCUACGUGUCCAACAAACUCACAGUUGUGAGUGAGUUCGCAAAUAUGUUGAAGGAGAAAUACCUGAGUUCAUCCAAGGUUGUUGACUUUGGUGAAAGUGAAGCCGUGCGCAGGGAAAUAAAUGACGUAGUGGAGAAAGAAACUAAUUCAAAGAUCAAGGACCUGAUUCCUUCCGGCGUUCUAAAUUCCCUGACAAGAAUGGUAUUGGUCAAUGCCGUGUACUUCAAGGGACUGUGGGAAAAUCAGUUUAAUGAGUCUGACACCCACGAUCAAGAGUUUUGGAUUUCUUCUCAAGAGAGUGUUCAAGUGCCAAUGAUGCACAUCAAGAAGAAGUUUCGCUACUUUAAUCACCGUGAUCUUGAUUCUACAAUUUUAGCAAUGGAUUAUAAGGGAUCAAGACUCAGCAUGGUAUUUAUCCUACCCAAUAAGCGUGAUGGAUUAGCUGAGGUUGAAGCUAAGCUGGCCAGUGCAGAUUUGUAUGCCAUCGACAAUGGGCUCCAUUCGGUAGAAGUGGAAGUGUCUCUCCCCAGAUUUAAAUUAGAAGAAUCACUUGAGCUGGUGGAUUAUCUGCAAGUUUUGGGCAUGAAGGAUCUGUUUGAUGAAGGCAGGUGUGACCUCUCGGGCAUUUCUGGCAACCGAGAUCUUUAUGUUUCUAAUGUGAUUCACAAAGCCUUUCUUGAAGUUAAUGAAAAGGGAAGUGAGGCAGCGGCAGCAACAGCUGUUGUGGCCGCAACAAGAAUGUUGAUUCGACCAAUUCCUCCAUUUAUUGCUGACCAUCCAUUCAUGUUCUACAUUCGUGAUCAUCGUUCAGGCCUGGUUCACUUUGCUGGGCGAUUUGUCAAGCCUUAAUUUAAUCCGAUGGCAAGAUGAUAAUGGUGGUGAAGGAGCUAAUGGAAAGAAAAAAAAAAAAAGAUUCAAGAUAUUAAUUAUUGUCAUGCUAGACUGAUUUUGAAUUAAAAAAUUUGAGGCUUUGAAAAAAAUGUAAUUUGUUGUUUUUUCUUGUUUUAUUGUGAGAUAUAAAGGUACCAUGUAAUAAGCUGAAGAAAGAGAUGUAUAUCUUUUCUAUUACUUAUGUAGCUGCAAAUGCUCUCUUCUGUGGUGCAGCUUUGCAUAGUGUGCAUUUUUACAUUCUGAUGUCAUCAUUUGUGUGGUUUAGACAAGAUCACCAUGAAGCUUUAUAUGAACUAGUCAGUUUAGAUGAAGUAUAGUAAAAUGUACAGGGUUA